AUGAUUUUGGUGCUGCCGUUGCUUUUUUUAUUCAUAACUACAUCAAAAGCUGGUUUUCGAGAGACUCCUGUUAAUCAGUCUGUACUACUGGGGCAGGAUGUCACAUUUAGAUGUGCGGCUGAGAAGUCAUCUUCUAGCUCAGAAUUGUACAGUCAAUGGCGCAGCAACACGGGUGCUCUUCUAGGAUUUCAUGAUGUAGGCCCUUUAGCUGGUCAUCAGGGUCGGUACAGUUACCUCAAGUCAUCCCGAGAGGAACUGCACCUUCGGAUUGAACGGGUGACACUGGAGGAUGACGGUCAAUUCGAAUGUCAAAUGCUCCGGCCAGAUGAGGGCCCUAUAAGGGCUGCUGCUUACCUGACCGUAAUCGUGCCUCCAAGAACCGUUCACUUCACAAAUUAUCAAUCCGGAACCAUCGUUGAUGUAAACGAAGAGAUUCCUCUCAAUCUCACAUGCGAAGCGCCUAACGCCAAACCAGAGGCUGUCAUCACGUGGUAUAUUAAUGGGAGAAAAAUCGAGGAAGGUGUUCAGCGUUGGGGAUCCUACAAUCUCAACAAGACGAUAACUAGUUAUGCAGCGUUACAAUGGCGUCCAAGGCGCAUCGAUCACAAGAAGGUGUUGACCUGUGAAGCGGCUCAUCAAGAUAGUGGAACGCAAAUUCGCACUAAUCUCACUCUGAAUGUGCUGUAUCCACCUGAUCGGCCGCGAGUUUCGAUGCUGAACGGUGAUUCAUUCGUACGAGCUGGUGAUAAUGUGACUUUGGCAUGUGUGGUUACUGGUGGUAAUCCACCGCCGGACGUCUCAUGGUAUCUCAAAGACCGCCUGCUUGAUGCCCGUUUCCACUACGAUAUGCAGACACAGGAGACUAAAAAUACGUACUCAUUUCUCGCCGAACCCGAGGACAAUCUGGCUAGUUAUGAUUGCCGAGCUUCGAACAGAGUUGGCCAGGAACCACAAACACGUUCAAUACACGUGAAAGUGGCUUAUGCACCACAAGCAGUGGAAGUGCUCGGCGAAAGCAAUAUUCGACAAGGAAGUGUCACUGUCGUGCAGUGUCGAACAAAACCAUCGAAUCCUGUAUCGCGAAUCUCCUGGCUUGUCAAUGGUCAUCCCGUACCGGCCACUGUACAAAGUGAACAUCAGCAGUCUUAUGGAACGAUGUCGAUAUCGAACUUAACAAUAAAUACUAAUGAAGUUGUUGCUGGUAAACAUCGGAUGACUGUUGAGUGUAAUGCAAGAAAUGACGAAGGCACGACCUCAAAACAGCACGUGAUCAAAAUUCUCGCCCCACCAAUGCCUCCCCGGAUUACUGGACUCGAGGAGGGUAUACAUUUGGAAGGGCUUGUGCUCAAUGUCACAUGCGAAGCUCACGGAGGAAAUCCACUUGCUGACAUCUCGUGGUAUAGAGGAUACGAUAAGAACUCCGGCCCUGGUAUGCCACUAGAAUUCACGAGGGAGCCCAUGACUUUGGAAUGCACCACAGUCUUGACUCCCAAAAGGGACCGCAGAAGCGUUGUAGUGAUUUCAUGUAUGUUCAUGCAAUGUUUUGUGGAAGCCAGCAUAUCUGCUCCUACAUAG